GGGGGCAGCGGAGGGAGCUGCCGCGCCUCUCCGCCGCCUGCUCCCCGGUUGAAUAUUACAGCUUCACUUGCAACUGGGCUUUUUCCACUGAUGUCCGACACGCAAUAGACAUUCCAAACAAUAUUUAGCAGGUGCCUUUGCAGCUUAACAGCAGUCCUUCUUUGAUACAGGAUGGAGGACACGUACAAAGACAGGACUUCACUAGUGAAAGGGGCCAAAGAUAUUGCUAAAGAGGUGAAGAGGCAAGCAGUGAAAAAAGUGAAUAAAGCAGUUGACAAAGCCCAGGAUGGCUACACACAGAGAUCCUACAAUCGAUUCCAGGAUGAGGAAGAUGACGAUGAUUACUAUGGCCAUGGUGUAGAAGCUAACGAUGAUGAAGGAUCUAGUGAAGCAACUGAAGGACACGAUGAAGAUGAUGAAAUUUAUGAGGGGGAGUAUCAGGGAAUCCCCAACAUGGGGCAGGGUAAGGAUGACAUGGUGGCCUUAGGUCAGUCUAUGCGUGAUGAAUACAAGGAUCGCCAUGAACUGGAAACAGAGAGGAAAGCUGAUGAAGAAGAGCUAGCACAGCAAUAUGAAUUGAUAAUACAAGAAUGUGGCCAUGGUCGUUUCCAGUGGGCCCUCUUCUUUGUGUUAGGAAUGGCCCUAAUGGCGGAUGGAGUUGAAGUGUUUGUGGUUGGAUUUGUGUUACCCAGUGCUGAAACAGAUAUGUGUAUACCCAAUUCUGGAUCAGGAUGGCUUGGUAGCAUAGUGUACCUUGGGAUGAUGGUGGGGGCAUUCUUCUGGGGAGGCUUGGCAGACAAGGUGGGAAGGAGACAAUCACUCCUGAUAUGCAUGUCUGUCAAUGGAUUCUUUGCCUUCCUUUCAUCCUUUGUCCAGGGCUAUGGCUUCUUCCUCUUCUGUCGCUUGUUUUCUGGAUUUGGGAUUGGUGGAACUAUGCCAACAGUCUUCUCCUAUUUUUCGGAAGUGCUUGCUCGGGAGAAACGAGGUGAACACCUGAGCUGGCUCUGUAUGUUUUGGAUGAUUGGUGGCAUCUACGCUUCUGCAAUGGCUUGGGCAAUAAUUCCCCAUUAUGGAUGGAGUUUCAGCAUGGGCUCUGCCUACCAGUUCCACAGCUGGCGAGUAUUUGUGAUUGUCUGCGCACUACCCUGCGUCUCUUCUGUGGUUGCCCUCACCUUUAUGCCAGAAAGCCCACGGUUCCUGCUGGAGGUUGGAAAACACGAUGAAGCGUGGAUGAUACUCAAGCAAAUUCAUGACACAAACAUGCGUGCUCGUGGUCAGCCCGAGAAAGUCUUCACUGUUACCAGAAUCAAAACACCUAAGCAGAUAGAUGAGCUCAUAGAAAUAGAGAGUGAUACUGGAACUUGGUACAGGAGGUGUUUUGUAAGAAUCCGCACAGAGCUGUACGGUAUUUGGUUGACAUUUAUGAGAUGCUUCAACUACCCAGUGAAGGAUAAUACAAUCAAACUUACAGCUGUGUGGUUCACCCUGUCUUUUGGCUACUACGGCUUAUCUGUCUGGUUUCCUGAUGUCAUUAAACAUCUGCAGUCAGACGAGUAUGCAUCCCGAGUGAAACAUUUCCGCAAUGAGGAGGUCUCACAUUUCGUCUUCAACUUCACACUGGAAAAUCAGAUUCACAGCAAUGGAGAAUACAUCAAUGACAGGUUUAUUAUGAUGAAGUUUAAAUCAGUAACCUUUGAAGAUUCACUCUUUAAGAACUGUGUUUUUGAAGACAUUACUUCACUGAACACGUACUUCAGGAACUGUACUUUCGUGAAUACCACCUUCUACAACACAGAUCUCGAGCAGUAUAAAUUUGUUGACAGCGAAUUGAUAAAUUGCACAUUUUUUCACGUCAGGACAGGAUGCCAGAUUUCUUUUGAUGAUGACUACAGUGCCUACUGGAUCUACUUUGUUAAUUUCCUGGGAACUUUGGCAGUGUUACCAGGAAAUAUUGUGUCCGCUCUCCUGAUGGAUAGAAUAGGACGGUUAACGAUGCUAGGUGGUUCCAUGGUUCUUUCUGGCAUCAGCUGUUUUUUCCUGUGGUUUGGGACCAGUGAAUCCAUGAUGAUAGGUAUGCUGUGCCUCUACAAUGGCCUCACCAUCUCAGCAUGGAACUCUCUGGAUGUCAUUACUGUGGAGCUGUAUCCUACAGACAGAAGGGCAACAGGCUUUGGCUUUUUGAACGCACUAUGCAAAGCUGCAGCUGUACUUGGAAACCUAAUAUUCGGUUCCCUUGUUGGUAUCACCAAAGCAAUCCCUAUUCUCCUUGCUUCUACUGUUCUAGUAUGUGGAGGUCUGGUAGGACUUCGGCUUCCUGAUACAAGAACCCAGGUGUUGAUGUAACUGGAAAAAAACAUUCACUAUUUAUUUCCUUCUUUGUACAAAUACCAAUUCUCCUGACUGAUGGUGCAAAGGCUUCAGAUUCUCAACACACAGUAGAGUGCUCAAAUGUCAGAAAUCAAACUCAAAAGAUACUUUGGAGUAGCAGAGAUUUAGCAACCUCCGUAUGAGAGUUUUAAAUUUCACUUUUGUUUGCUUGCAUACUUUGCUAUUCAAACCAAUUUCACUUUAAAGUUCAAAGCUACCUCUUAAAACAGUUUUGGUGACAUAUCCAGGAAGGUAAAAAACAUACUGAUAAUUAGAUAUUCAAAAUGCAAGCAGUCAGAUUAUUUCAAAAACACAGGCUAAAUCUGGCCAUGGCAUUGUGAGCUUUAGUGCAGACAUGCAAAUCAAUUACUAGCAGUAUUGGUGUGGGGAAUGUUGAUGUAUCAAUGCAUGCAGCAUUUAUCAGGAAACUCAACUGAUCGCAUCCAUACUGGGAACAGUGACCUUCUGCAGCUGUGCUUAGGUGGUAAAAACUCAUGGCAAUGACUUUCUUGGGAAACAUUUUUAGGCAGAUUAGAUCUAAGAUUACCAACUACACCCCAUACUGGCUGAGGAGGAGGCAACAGCUACUACAGGGAAUUUGAAAGUCUGAAUAGGUAUGCAGCAGAGAGAAGAACAAAAUUAACAUUUUCACUUUUUUCUGCUGAUGCUCAAAAAAAAAUAUCUUGUUUUAUUCUCACUUGUGGCAUCUAGAAUAUUUUUUCCAUUUAAAACAGUGAAUUUGUCUUAUUCCAGGAAAGAAUGAAUGCAAAUAGUCUUGCUGUUGUUAGUAUGAAUAAAGGAAGAAUCAGGCCAUUGAACUAUAUGAUAAGGAAGAUACUUUCAGAGGUUUAUUUGGAAUUUAUAAGUGUAAAGACCUUUAUUUUUUUCAUAGUUUCUACACCUUAAUACAACCAUUUUCUCAGCUAAUUUUUAAUAGUUCCAGAAAUGUCUGACUACUUAAUAUAUUUAAAUGUCUCUCUGAAAAGCCAUUAAGAAAUAAGCCAUGGCAAGGCUGGAGGGAGUGGUAAGGUUUUUGUUAGACCAAAUGCAUAGAUGGAAAGCAGAUUGUAGUAAAUACAUUUCUUCUAUGCUAUGGACUGUUCUGAUUACUGGAAAAUUCCCCAUCAGUCCUAAUGCCAUGCAACAGGUUACAUGCAACAGGGAUCUCUUUAAAAUAUCAGAAUUCCCAAUUUAAUACAGAUACAUUUAUAAAAUUAUCAAAUAGGCAGAUCCUCCGAUGACAGAAACUGGCAUUGCUUUCAGUGGAGCUAAGACAACUUGUAUCAGCUGAUUAACUAUCUGCAGUUCCAAAUGUCAAAUAACGAAUUUGCUAUAAAACAUAUGGAAAAUUUUGUUCAGUAUUUUUUUUUCUAAUUAUAUGUGACAGCAUUUAUUAGGUAGAUGCAUCAUUGCCAAGGAACUAAGCUUUCAAAUAAGGUCAUCAUAUAGUAAGCUAAAGUUUUUUUCAUUGAUUUUUCUCUUGCUCUUAGGUGAGAACUUGGAUUUGGGUAGUAAUAUCUGGCACUACAGUCUUUAUCAGUCAUCACCUUUGCCAUAAUAAAAGAAUCAGUAAAAGUCUAAGUAAGAUCAUUCAACACAUCCGUAGUUCACUGUUUAAUCUACUGAUUCGAGAAGUGACAUUUUUGGUUACUGAUGGAUGCCUCUGCUACACAUUGUAAAACAAAAAAUGUUAUCCCAAGAUGUUAUUUUCUCCUAUGAAAUGAGAAAACUGGCAGAAUUAAAAAAGGGUGAGUAUGGAAAACUAGGGAGUAUUAUUUUGAUGUUGAUAAUUUAAAUAUGCUAUAGUAAGAAAAAAAAAAAAGGUUUAGGAAGUGUGCUUAUUUUGCAGUGUUAAGGUGAAGAUAUUUGACAUUAAAUAUUUUAUGUUUAAAUCUGACUUAGACAUGUCUCUUAAAUUUCUAAACUAUGUUAAUAAAUGAGGAAGAAUUAUUUUUUGCUAAGCUCUAGAACAAAAUUCUGGCCUUAGUUUUGCAUCUGUGGCUUUUGUCCACUAGUCAUAGCCUUAUUGUUAUUUUAAGGCUGUUUUCUACAAUUAAUAUUAUAUUUGAGCCCUUUUUCUUCGUGCAAUUCAUCAGUAGAACAUGUUCAACUCUUUGCAUGUACUGCACAAGUUAUUUUGAAAUCUGAAGCCUCUGUACAUAUUUGGAGUAAACAUCAACAACAAUGAUAAAAUAUUGCUUUGUGUUGCUAUGCACUGUCCUCUUGCAGCAGUAUAUUCUGUCCAUCUCUGCAUGUAAUUCCCAUAACACUCAGAUACAGCCCUUUAUACUUUCUGACCAGCUUGAAGGAAAUGGGUCACAGAAAAAUAAUAUUCAGCUUUUGAGGGCUAUGAUUCAAGUUUAACACUCUAAAAUCUCAUGACGUGUAAAAUUACAUGGAUUUCAGUGUUGAUCUUAUUGUAAAUCCUGACUAUAUGAUAGGUCUGUGGUUAAGUCCGGAUGAAAUGGAAUGCAGCAACAACAGGAAUUUGCAGAGAUUUUUUAAAAUGGACACUGCAUGGUCCAGAAUUAAAAUGUUCUAAGGUAGAAAAAAGAAAAAAUAAUAGUGGGUAGUAAUUGGGAGAAUAAGUAAAUGAAACAGAGGAACAAAGAAAAAACCCAAUAACAAUUCCAAUAUAUGAAACAAAACCUAAAGUUAGAAUUUUCCUAGAUGGUAAGCUAGCUGACUCAACAGAUUUGAGCUAAUGUGCAAGCCAAUAUCAAAGUUGUUUGAAUAAUCAAUAGUUUUUGCUUAAGUGCUGUAAAGAUUUAGCUCAUAAAGAAAAUAAGUGAAUGCAAUUUCAUGCUAUAAAUAACUUGGUGAGAUAGGUGAAAUCCGCAGACUGGAACAGAAAUCUAUGGAGAUCUGGACACAAAUGUUACUCACAUUAUAAGCAAAAGUAAUUUGACUGGUCUUCAGCAAAUCUGUCUUUUCUUGCAGCCUCCAAAGCAGUCACAGGUAAUAAAUAUUGAACUGAAGGAUCUGCACUUCCUUUCUAUGUCUAUUUGCUUAUAUGUCACACAAAGAAUCACCUAGUGGCAUGGCUAGAUUCCUAAUACACCAGAGAGAAGCAAACUUGAUAGCAUUUGUGUAUUACAAUUACAGAACAUAUGUAAUCAAAACUGCUUAUUUCUCUGCUUUGGUCACAGAACUGCUAACUAGACUGCUAACUAGAAAUCCCUAUCAGUCUAAAUUGAAGUUGGAUAUAACAUCUAGGAAUUUUCUGUACGGCUGAAAAGCUCAUCCCAACAGCAGCAAUGACGAAAAGCACAAUGGCCCCUGAAAACACCGAAGACUCACAACAUUUAGAAUGCUGUUAACAAUGUCAGCCAGCUAUUUUGAAGUUUGGAAACUGUCCACAAAAGAGACCACAUGUUUUCAUUUUCAGCAAGCAAAUUUUAUUUGAAUUAGUUUUACUCCUUACAGGUUGUCCAAUAGUAGAACUUGACUUGGCAAACUCCAAUUUCUCGAAAGUGUCCUAUUUAUUACGUUAGUAUGCUUUGGCCAGCUUGCUUAUAUCCAUGCUAGCACUCUGUUGCUUGGAAGCAUGUGCUACAAUAUUUGGCAACCUUUGCAUUGGUUGUUGAGUACAGGCUUCUAGAAAAGGAACUAGGAAUAGGUGUUCAGAGUGGAGCAGUGAACAGGAUUGGUAAAGAAUGACAUACUGGGAAACCUUCUUCCUCUAUGCUUGACUUUAACCAGUUCCCUUACAGAGCUGUGUUCUACAAAAGUUGGCACUGAUGAAAAAGAGUUAGCCCUCCUUCCUGAUGGACCCAGUAGUCUACUCCUGCUUUAUCAUUUUAGGAAUAUGAGUCAAAGUUGAGAUUGCUAACUCAAGCACUGCUUGCUUUCUCUUCCUGACAUUCAGUUAAUUCCAUCCGAAUCACUUUUCUUACUAGGGGACCAGCCUUAAAGAAAGUCAAAUCUCUCCCACCUGCUUCUGACUUCCCAGUAACAUUCAGUAAGUUUUGUUACGUAUCUUUUGCAUUUUGGUUAUUAGUUUUUAAAACAAUAUGGAAAGCAGCU